AUGGCUUUAUCUCAUGCAAAAAGUGAACCCAUGGACACAUCAGGUGAAGCGUCUGACUUCGAUCCAGUUAACUUAGAAUCGUCCAUUAUACAAUUAUGUUUACAAUUUCCAAAUGGGGUUAGUGAUAAAAUUCUUGAAAAUUCAUUCCGUAGUGUUACAAUGCAACAACGUGUUAGUGCAUUGAAUCGUCUGUUAUCACUGAAUAAAAUUGAUUUACUGAAAUCAUCGUCUGAACCCGGUACAUUUCUCUAUCGUAUACGUGAUACAACGAAUGGAUUAGGCUCAUCGAUCACAGUCACUGGUGGUGUGAUUGAUCAAAUGGAACGAGUUGUUUAUCAGCUUGUAAAAGAAAGUGGCAAUUUAGGAAUAUGGAUGCGUGAUAUACGUAUUAAAACAAAAUUAUCACAAACAAUACUCACUAAAACAUUGAAAUCAUUGGAAAGUAAAAAAUUAAUUAAAGCUGUUAAAUCCGUACAUGCUAGUAAGAAAAAAGUUUAUAUGCUGUACGAAAUGACGCCUGAUCCAACCAUAACUGGUGGUACAUGGUAUUCUGAUCAUGAAUUUGAAGCUGAAUUCGUUCGUGUGCUAAAUGAACAGUGUGCUCGAUUAUUAGAUGAACGAUUAGAAGAAGCGACAACAAAAUUUCCUAAUGAUCCAUUUCUACGACGAACAAGUUCAUUGGUGUCGAGCGUUGAUCUCGUGGCACUUAUUAAUGAAAUGGGUAUUGCCACUGUAUCCUUAACUGUACAAGAUAUUGAAUCCAUAUUGUAUACACUUAUUUCUGAUGGUAAAGUUGAAAAAACAACAGUUGCUACAACGGCAAAUAAUGAAACUGGUAAUCGACAAUCGUUAUAUAGAUCUGUUAGAUCGAUGCUUGAUUCAUCUCCAGUUGUAAGAAAUCCAUGUGGAAUUUGUCCUGUUUUUAAAGAUUGUCACGAUGAUGGUUUGAUAACGCCUAAAACAUGUAUUUAUUUAAAUAAAUGGUUAAAUUUUUGA